UGGCGACAAGAUGGCGGCCCGAGGGAGACGGGCGGAGCCUCCGGGCCGGGAGGCGCCGGGCCCCGCGGGCGGCGGCGGCGGCCGAUGGGCCGAGUCGGGGCCGGGCACGUCGCCCGAGAGCGGGGACGACGACGCGGGGUCGAGCCCGGUGUCGGGCGGCGUGAACCUGUUCGCCAACGACGGCAGCUUCCUGGAGCUGUUCAAGCGGAAGAUGGAGGAGGAGCAGCGGCAGCGGCAGGAGGAGCCGCCCCCGGGCCCGCCGCGCCCCGACGCCCCGGCCGCGGGCCCCGGGGACCCGAAGAGGAAGGGCGGCCCGGGGCCCACGCUCAGCUUCGUGGGCAAGCGCAGAGGCGGGAACAAGCUAGCCCUCAAGACAGGAAUAGUAGCCAAGAAGCAGAAGACGGAGGAUGAGGUAUUAACAAGUAAAGGCGACGCGUGGGCCAAGUACAUGGCCGAGGUCAAAAAGUACAAAGCCCACCAGUGCGGCGACGAUGACAAAACUCGGCCCCUGGUGAAGUGACCGGCCGGCCCACCCGCGGCCUGCACUCGCCGCUGUACAUAAGUAUUGACCGCGGCGGCGGCGCUGGCCUCCCAGGACUGUGACCGGAGCAGCUCGCCCCGCCGACCACUCUCCGGGACUCUUUUGUACCUUGAGCACUUGCUUCCUGUGACUAAAGGACAGUGUUCACUGUCCCCUCCCGCCCGCCGCCUCCUUGCCUCUGUCUUCCUCCUCCUCCUCCCCCACCCAGCCCCUGCCAGCACUUUUGGGAAGUAAAGAACUUGACCUUGUGCUGGCACCUGGAA